CGGCGGAGCGGACGGUCCGCGAGCCGGCACGCGGCCCGCUCACCGUCCGGUCGGUGCCGCCGUCGGUCCGCAGGUGUAACGGAGAGAGAGCUGGACGGGCAUCGGGGACACGCCAUUUUGUGAGAGCAGCAGCAGGCCGAGCUGUCCGCCAUUUAACGUUACUCCGACACAAACACGCCGUCCGCCAUUUAACGUCAGCACUAACAGACACGUUACACACCGGCAGGUCCACGGUCCGGUAACUGUGGUUACACCCGGCCCGCUGCCAGCACCGGGAGGCCGGUACCGGUCCCGAUGAUCAAGUUAACGUUAAUGUUUGACCAUGUUAGCUCCCUACAGGCUAACGGCAGCCUCACCGGUGACCCAGCCACCGGGACACCGUCUCCGUUACACCGGCCGAGCCUCCGUUACCCCGCUGUCUUCCCUCAGAUACACCAGAACCUCGGUUACAGCCGAACGGGUCGGUCCGGGUUUAGCGUUAGCUCUGCUACACAGAGUUAGCGUCGCAGCUGCUAGCCCGGUGGCCUAACGGCAACCCGCUUCAGUCCGGUUCAGAUGAACUACAGUCGGAGGAGAACGGGACUGGGUGUCCGGUACAGGUCCGCGUGCGGGUUCGGACCCGGACUGCAUGGGUUUAAUGAUGGCGGAGACGGUAAAGUACGUGGACGAUGAACACAAGAGCAUCUUCCUGAAGCUGCUGAACGAGCAGCGGCUGGAGGGCGAGCACUGCGACAUCGCCGUCGUGGUCGAGGACGUCAAGUUCCGAGCUCACCGCUGCGUGCUCGCCGCCUGCUCCAACUACUUCAAGAAACUCUUCAAAAAACACGAGGUCGACAACUCCUCUGUGAUUGAGAUCGACUUCAUCCGUUCUGAUAUCUUCGAGGAGGUGUUGAACUACAUGUACACUGCAAAGAUCUCUGUCAAGAAGAGGGACGUCAACCUGAUGAUGUCAUCAGGACAGAUCCUCGGCAUCCGCUUCCUCGACAAACUCUGCUCUCAGAAACGAGACGUGUCUUCAGAGGACAAAGAGAAGUUUCCCUAUGACAUCGUGAAGAUGGCCCUGCCUCCAGAGGCUCAGCUGGCUGCGGACGCCGAGGUCCUCGGGGAGCACGACGACACGCACACCACUGACGACCUUGUCGAGGCGUCGGCCAAUCAGGAGCUAGAUAAGUCUCCCAGUGCGGCGCUGCGUGUCCAGGAAGCCAUCCUGAAAGAACUGACCAAUGAGGAUGUUCAUAAGGUGACCUGCUACGACCAGGACGUGGUAACAGAUAUGGAGGCGGAGCCUAAAGAGCUGGGGGCGGAGCACCACGCCACCCAGACACUGACGUUUGCAGACAGUAUGGGGGAGGUGAAGGACGAGCAGCCGCCCGGCUGGUCCACGGCUACGACCGACAUGAAGUUUGAAUACCUGCUGUACGGACACCGGGAGCAGCUCGCCUGCCAGGUGUGUGGGAAGACCUUCCUGGACGAGAGCAGACUCAGGAAACACGAGAAGCUUCACUCAGCAGAGCGGCCGUUCGCCUGUGAGAUCUGCACCAAAGCUUUCACCACCCACGCUCACCUCAAAGAACACCUGAAGAUCCACACAGGCUUCAAACCCUACAGGUGUGAAGUCUGUGGGAAGUCGUUCAUUCGAGCUCCAGACCUGAAAAAACACGAACGGGUUCACAGCAACGAGAGGCCGUUCAGUUGCCAGAUGUGUGAAAAGGCAUUUAAACACAAGUCUCACCUGAAGGAUCAUGAGAGAAGACAUCGAGGAGAGAAACCGUUCGUCUGCCCGUCCUGCACCAAGGCCUUCGCCAAGGCGUCGGAUCUGAAGCGUCAUGAGAACAACAUGCACAGCGAGAGGAAACAGCUGAAUCCUCUGCAGAGCGACACAGAGACACUGCAGGCUGCCGCCAUGGCUGCUGAGGAGCAACAUCUGGACAGCAUCAGCUGCUCCUAACAGCCGCUGUGGAGCAACAUCUGGACAGCGUCGGCUGCUCCCAACAGCUGAGGAGCAACAUCUGGACAGCGUCAGCUGCUCCCAACAGCCGCUGCUGAGGAGCAACAUCUGGACCGCGUCGGCUGCUCCCAACAGCCGCUGCUGAGGAGCAACAUCUGGACCGCGUCGGCUGCUCCCAACAGCUGAGGAGCAACAUCUGGACAGCGUCAGAUGCUCCCAACAGCCGCUGCUGAGGAGCAACAUCUGGACCGCGUCGGCUGCUCCCAACAGCCGCUGCUGAGGAGCAACAUCUGGACAGCGUCGGCUGCUCCCAACAGCCGCUGCUGAGGAGCAACAUCUGGACCGCGUCGGCUGCUCCCAACAGCCGCUGCUGAGGAGCAACAUCUGGACAGCGUCGGCUGCUCCCAACAGCUGAGGAGCAACAUCUGGACAGCGUCGGCUGCUCCCAACAGCCGCUGCUGAGGAGCAACAUCUGGACCGCGUCGGCUGCUCCCAACAGCCGCUGCUGAGGAGCAACAUCUGGACAGCGUCGGCCCCCGGCCUCUGGGUGGUGUUGUCUGCCCCUAAUCAGUGUAACUGUAUUGCUAACACAUUUCCGUACCUCGGUUCCUUUGUUCUGCAGCCGCGUCGUACUGACGUUCUGUGUUUGUAGAAGUUUUUUUCUGCUGAAUCAUUGAACAUGAACUGAUGACCUCAGCGGCCGUGUCGUGACCCCAGCGGCUGUGAUCUCUGGCUUCAUGUGUAAUUAUGUCUCUUUGUAAGUGUACAGGAUGUUUUUCAGUCUGAACCAAACUCUGUACAGAAAACGGUCGCUUCUGUUUGUGUUGUUGUAUAAAAACCGUUCUGUUCAGUUCAA